UGGUGUGCAGGUGAUCAAGAAACCAUGAUUGUGAACACAUUCACUGUUGAUUUCAGGUUAGGCAAAAGCUGACACAGAUUGAAGACUACCCCAAUAUCAUAUUUUAUUCUCUAGAGAGCUACAAAAACAAACCAUCAUUUGUAAAGGCAGUAAAUUUCACUAUUUAGUGUUAUCAACAUUCGUGGCUCCUCCAAUGUGACUGCAUAUUUUACAGCUUUUUGUUUCAAAGAUCCUGCUUCUUUAGUUUAGGUGUACUUUUCUUUGAUGGUGUGGGAAAUGAACAGUUCAGUCAUUUUUGUGUCUCAAGAUGAUGCCUACACAUAAUCACAUUUUUGCAGCUUCUUCCAUCAGCAACCUCCACGAUCUAGAGGUUGUACUGCGUCAUUUUUGUCAGUAUUGAAAUCUAUCACUUGAAGCCCUAAAUAUGUGCACACACUUCUUCCCAUCCUUGUGUUACCCUUUUAGAGAAGGUUUGUUCACCCUCUGUUUCUACCUUCUUUUGGAUUUCUUUGUAACCCACCUGAAACUGGAUGGUUGUAGCCUUAACAGUACUAGAAGUCCCCUCAUUCCCUGGAGAAAUGUAUGUGUCUGCAGGCAACCUUAUAUCCUCUGCCAUGUUGGUGUGUCUCAAUGGAAUUCAGUUAUCUCACUGCCUUAGCAUCCCAUUCAUUGAUAUCUUCCUUUCUCUGCUCUCUGGGAGCUUUUUGAUUCUCCAUGGAACAAUUGGGCAUGCAAGUGACAUCAGGUGCAAAUGGAACUCAUGGACCAUCUUCUCCCUAUAUGAAAUCUAAUCUACCUUCCUAGGCAUAGUUUACUACUUGCCCACUGUGCCUCUAUUUUUGUAGAAGGGCUGCUUAAAAGAUUUUGCUUGUAAUCUAUAGUUCUGUGAGCAUUUGCUAGUUACUUGCCAACUUGGACAAGACCAAAGUAAUUAAUAGCACCUUUAAGUUGUGCCCUUGAACACUAAUUUCAUUUUUACAAGGUUUAUUUUAUUUAAUGUAUGCUGGAUGAAUUGUAGCUGCUCUUCUGUUAAACAAUCUUGCCUAACUUUACAUUUUGUUUCUUGGAUUUGAACUUCUUUGGGCUCCUGUUGAUGAUGAGUACACUAAACUGCACUGCAUGUUUUAAUGGACUAUCGUAACUUCCCCCACCACAAUGACCAUGUCAUUUCCAAUCAGGCAGCUCAUCCAAACAUGAGGACCUAUUAUUUCUGCACAGAUACAGGGAAGGAAAUGGAGUUAUGGAUGAAAGCCAUGAUAGAUGCAGCUCUUGUACAGACAGAGCCUGUGAAAAGAGCAGACAAGAUGACUGCUGAAAACACACCACCUCGUGAAGUGAAUAAUAUUGCAAACCACAGAGUGCUAAUUAAACCAGAGGCACAGAAUAAUCAGCGGAACAAAGAAGUGAGCAAAAUGGAAGACAAAAAGGCCUUAGAAGCAGAAAAAUACGGAUUUCAAAAAGUUGGGCGUGAUAGACCUUUAACAAAAAUCAACAGCAUAAAACUGAAUCCUUUGGGGUCAGAGUAUGGGACUUUGCCAGCAAACACAGUUCCAUCAGGACACUACAGGCCAAUUCAUUUAAAUGGGUCAGAGAAAGCUGUCAACCUUAUUCUAGGAGACUCUGGAGAUGGAAUCCAUCACAACACCAUUCACUCACACAUAGAAUCUGAACGUGUUAUACAGAGAACUAAUUCAAUGCUUCAGCUGGAACAAUGGAUUAAAAUACAGAGAGGAAAGGGGCAAGAUGAAGAAACAAGAGGCAUAAUUUCAUAUCAGACAUUGCCAAGAAACAUGCCAAGCCAUCGACCCCAAAUUGUACCUCGAUAUCCAGAAGGUUAUCGAACUCUACCAAGAAAUACCAAAACCAGGCCAGAAAGCCUCUGCAGUGUGACACCCUCUAUUUAUGACAAGUCCCUUGGAUCGUUACCAACUGAAGACAAAAGAAGAUCUAUGCGAGAUGACACCAUGUGGCAACUCUACGAGUGGCAGCAGCGGCAGUUUUACAAUAAGCAAACAACGCUUACUAGACACGGUACUUUAAGUAGUCCCAAAACCAUGAUUAAUAUAUCUGAUCAAACAAUGCAUUUGAUUCCCACAUCACCUUCCCAUGGUUCGAUAGCAGGUUUCCAAGGAUACUCACCUCAGAGGAACUACAGAUCAGAAGUGUCCUCACCAGUGCAAAGAGGUGAUGUAACAAUUGACCGCAGGCAUAGGCCACAUCAUACAAAGCAGCAUGUCUUUGUGCCUGACAGAAGGUCGAUGCCAGCAGGUCUGAGUGUACAGCCUAUUACUCCCCAGAGCUUGCAAGGCAAAACGCCAGAGGAGCUCACGCUGCUGCUUAUAAAGCUGAGAAGGCAGCAAGCCGAACUGAGUAGUAUCCGGGAACACACAUUAGCACAACUCAUGCAACUAAAACUUGAGGCCAGCAGCCCAAAGAAUGAGAUUCUUUCUCAUCACCUUCAAAGGAAUGCCAUAUAUUUGGAUCAUCAGAUGAAAGAGAAUGAACCUUUAAUCAUCAUGGUUCACACUAUGAUUGAGAACUCGGCGCUAAGACCACAACUGUACCAUCAACUGACACAAGAUGAAUGUAGGGGUACUCUGUACAAAUACAGAUCAGAAGACCUAGAUAUUGAUACUAAGCUUAGCCGAUUAUGCGAGCAAGACAAAGUGGUUCAAGCCCUGGAAGAAAAGCUUCAGCAGCUGCACAAGGAAAAAUAUACGCUUGAGCAAGCUCUGCUAUCAGCCAGUCAGGAGAUAGAAAUGAAUGCGGAAAAUCCAGCCGCCAUACAAAAUGUCAUCUUGCAGAGGGAUGAUUUACAGAAUGGACUCCUUAGCACUUGUCGAGAAGUGUCUCGAGCUACCGCAGAGCUUGAGAGAGCUUGGCGGGAAUAUGACAAACUAGAGUACGAUGUAACGGUCACAAAGAACCACAUGCAGGAGCAGCUGGAGCGGCUGGGAGAAGUUCAGACUGAGUCAGCCGGUAUACAACGUGCUCAAAUUCAGAAGGAGCUUUGGCGAAUUCAGGAUGUCAUGGAAGGUUUGAGUAAACAUAAACAGCAAAGAAACAGCACUGCAGAGGCAGAUAUCGUUGCAUUAAAGGCUUUUUCAUCUAAAUAUAAAAAUGAGGAAGAGGAAGUAGUCCCACCUCGUCCUCCACUCCCUCGGUCCUAUGACUUUGCAGAGCAUCCUCCCAUAAUCCCCCCUCUGCCCAGUGAUAGCAGCUCCUUGCUCUGUUAUAGCAGGGGCCCUGUACAUCUGCCAGAAGAGAGGAAGAUUCACCAAGUUCAAGGAUACCAAAGAAAUGGAGCUCACUGUGGUCCAGAUUACCGUCUUUAUAAAAGUGAGCCUGAGCUAACAACUGUGGCAGAAGUUGAUGAAUCAAAUGGGGAAGAAAAGGCAGAUCCAGUUUCUGAGUCGGAAAUGUCUGCAGCUAAAGGCUCUCAUUUUCCCAUUGGAGUUGUGCCUCCCAGAACAAAGUCACCAACACCUGAGUCUUCAACAAUAGCUUCCUAUGUGACUUUAAGGAAAACUAAGAAGAUAGAUCUAAGAACGGAAAGGCCAAGAAGUGCAGUAGAGCAGCUAUGCUUGGCAGAAAGUGCUCGUCCCCGGAUGACAGUGGAAGAGCAGAUGGAAAGAAUAAAGAGACAUCAGCAGGCUUGUCUAAGAGAGAAGAAGAAAGGACUGAAUAUUAUUGGCGUCUCAGAUCUGUCCCCAUCACAAAGCCCAUCCCUUGUCAGAGAGAAUCCUUUUAAGUUGUCUCAGAACCAAAGGAAGGAUGAUUUUGUAUGCAUUACCAAGGAAUUAGAGUAUGCCAUUAGAGGAAGUGAUGCAGGCCAGAGCCAUAAAAAUUGUGCAGAAGACUCACCUUGGAUUAAAGAUAAUGAUCGUCCGGAGGAUAAGAAUAAUGAUCAUCCAAAUGAACAUCAUGCUGGUUUUAUUACACAGUUACCAAAAAAUGAAGGUCAGCUGUCACCAGAUGUCUUAGAGCCAAAGGAGGGGACUCCCUAUGAGGCUUCUGAGAAGCUAAAAAAAGUAGAAGAGACACAAGAUGCUAACUUCAGCCCGAAGAACGAGGCCCCAGUUUCAAACCACAAACCUGAAAGCAGCACAGAAGAGAGUGAAGAAACCAGCAUUCAUGAGCAGGAGGAUACUAUUUCUUCGUUUGAGAUGCCAGCACAGACUUCAAGAGGAAACUCAACAGCAGCAGCUCUUCCAGCUUCUGCUGAAACGAUUCACGGCUAACAAAACGGACCUACGGAAAGAAGAUACUGUACAGUCAAUUUUAUUAAAUCUAUGAAAUUCAUAGUUCUGAUGCUUUUGGCCACAGAGCAUCAUUUUUUAUCACUUCAUGGAAAAUGUUUAUUCCAAGAGAGCUUUAAAUGCCUCCCACGGUACCCUCAACAGUUUGGAGAUAGUUCUUCUGACACCAGCCUGCUGCUACUAUGACUUCCAUCCACAUCAUUAAGGCUUCUUUUUCAAAUGUGCGGCCUACAAUCGGAACCUUCGCAAGUGGUUUUUCCCUGGUGUAAGGUUUUUUUUAUUAAAAAAUUUUUUUGAAUUUAAUUAAGUUUGCUUCCUUUUUAGCCUUUUUCAUGGGUUGCUUUUACAGAUCACCACUUCAACCUCAGUUAUGCUUCUAAAAAUGAAUCAUGUAUUGUUUUCACCUUUUGAUUUGUAAAUGUUUUAUGCCCUAUUUAAAAUGUGCCAUUUAUUAUUAUUAUUAUUAUUAUUGCCGAGUUAAGAUGUGCUCUAUUUCUGAUCUGUAAUUAUUUCUCGGUCAAGUUGCAAUGUCAGUUUCUCCCAUACUGUCCUCAACAUAGACAUGAAUGUUAGUGUUUACUUUUCUCUCUCUCUCUUACUUUAAACAAAAAUGAAGGGUUAGGAAUCUUGAGGUACUGGGCUCUUCCUCUUUUGGAAUAGGGUAUGUACAGCAAUAAGCAGGUAUUCAGUUCCCAGUUAAGUUUGUGUACAAAUGUAAUUAUGUUCAUUGUGUAUAUAUUAUACAAUGAGCACAACCAAUGUAAGUAUAAGAUGCCACUUACUAUUGUUCAAAUAAAAAUGUUCAUAUCUCAUUUCUUUUAUAUCAUGUUAUAAAUAAAUGUUCUUAAGUAA